CUCUCUCUUUCUUUCUUUCUUUCAAAACUUUUUUUUUUAGCACGCGUCUGAUUAUUGAACAAUGCAACAGCCAUUGAGAAUCUCUACUCCUGAAGAACAUCAAAAGGCUUUAUCACAGACUGAUGCCAUACUCGAACAAAAUAUAUACAACGAUGGCAUCCUUGAAUAUAUAAAUCAUGGUGGAUCUCCUUUAGAAGCUGUUAAUUUAUUAUCAGAAUCUUACCUUGGUAUUCCUUCCAUGUGUAAUGUAACAGCUGCUUCAGUAGACAGCGUUGGUUUGGAUAGUGGCAGUAUUCUUAGAAGAGCUAUCCGACAACAGUUGAAAGAACGCUUUGAUCCUAAACGCUGUGAUGACUUUUUUAUGCGCGAUGAGAGUCAUAUCACGUUUGCCUGGUUAGACGUGCUCAUUCAAGACUCACACUGGAGACAGACAAUGUAUGAGCUCUUGGAAAAGUACCCAAGCUGCGCUUUCUUGAAUUUUGCUAUUCUAAGAAUGUCAGAGACUGGAUAUAAACAGGAAGUUGCUAGAUUAAGAACAGCGUCGACUUUUGUUAAAGUGUAUGAUUUGAUCUUUGAAGAUAUUUUAAAGGAAAUGAUGACAAAGGAUGAUGUAGACAUUGAGGGUAUUGACCAUGAUUUAAAGAAAGUAUGCUGUGGAAGACAAGAAACCUACAUCUACACCCAACUACUAAUAAAGAGAUUACAAGAUGAAUUCGGUAAAUUUUCAUUUACACGGUUAAAGAGAGAUUUGGAGUUAGUAUCCAUAAGGAAUGGUAAUAGAACCUUUGUUGAACUGUUGAGUGCACAACUCUCGAAUGCACCUUUGGAAAUAUCAAGGACAAUCGCUACGAUCUUGAAUAGUUCUCAUAUGACACCAGCUGAUCUAAUAACAUUAAAAAGACCUUAUCUUUCAUCAAAUCCACCAUCUGUUCAUUACUUGUGCAAUUACGAUCUAAUGAUUAAACUACUCAAUGCGUUAUAUGUUCCACAGCAUGGAUCAGUCAUUAGAGCAGAUAUGGUAGAUGAUGUAACCUUUUUACUUGCUUGUGCAUCAACUAUGAAUGAUGAACAGUUGUUACAGGCACAGCAACAAGAGAUCACAGAGGUUCAAUUUGUACUUAGAGAGCUCUAUACAGCAUUAGCGCCCAAGACAAGUGUAGGUAGCAUCACAGGAGUAACAAAGUAUAUCGUGAAUGCCUUAAAAUAUCCAAUAAGCUCCAUGGGACUCUUACUUUGGAUUGAAUACAUGACGCUGGAAACUAGUUACUUUGAAAAUUAUUUUCGUACUACGGAAACACCUAUUCUCCAUAUUGUUCUGGACGAGAUAGCCAAUAGACACAAAUUACAGCAACCUAUGGUAUUUGAUGUUAUUAAGAAAUGUAUAAAGCACAAGUAUAAUCAUUUUGCUCCUGAAAUUCAAAUGGCUCUGCAAAGGACUUGGGUAGACAGAAUGCUUUAUCUUGUACAGUUAAAUUAUACAACUCCUGUAUUGAAAUACUUUGAAAAAGAGGGGAAAGAAUUGGAUAACAGUAUUAUUAUUCAUUUCGUAAAGAAAUUGUUAAAAUUGACUCAAGGGCCUUACAGCAUAGCAUUUACUGAGCAUUUAAUAAACAUUAUUGGCCUUCUUGGCGAAAACUUGGCGUUGAUUAAGGACAUUCAAAAAUCUCUGAAUGAUUUCUUUGAACAAGUCAUCAAUGGCCCUUAUCCAAUAGACGAAAGCUUACAACAAAGCAUUAGAGCAAUCCGUAAACAUUUUUAAUCACUUCCCCCUUUUUUCUUUUAUACAAAAGACAUUCCAAAUUGUUUAUAUUCAUAUCAAUCACAUAUAAAUAAAGGAUAUGAAGGAUAACUGCUUUAUGCAAUCAAGAAAAAAAUACCAAUCCUGUUUAGCAGACAAAGAG